UCUGGGCGCCGCACGGGAAAGCCAAAUCGUUCUCGCAUCGUCGCUGGAAAUAUCGCUAAUAGUAGUGGUGCGUCUUUCUUUUCAAUGGGCUCGCUGUUCUAUGUGAUGCCGCUGGUCUUGAUAGGAAUACGGGGCUGCGCUCUUAUCGGCAACUUCCCUAGCGCCUGGCAGCUUUUGGUGUCUAUUCUCUUUAAGCGGAAUGUGGUGUAUGCGAACUCGCGCAGGGUCAUGCAAGCGAUGUCGUUUGUGGCAUAUUACAUGGUGAACAGUAACUCGAGGGGUGUUGGCGGCGAGACCACUGCAUGAUAGUAGCGAGAAGAGAAGGAACACUCCACGAAUACGCGAGUAAGUGUGUCGAUAUUGAGGCCUGCCAAAACUGAUGACCGCUGAAGUGGCCUCUGCUGACUGGUACUAGUUUCAAGUUUCAACUAAUA